AUGAAAGUGAAGAGUGACCACAUCUUUUUUGCAGUGCUGGGAAUCAUCACUGCUGUGGUGGUGGCAGUUGCAUCUGUUGCAUGUUGGAUAGUGAUCAAGAAGGUUAGAAAGAUGAAGGAUGAGAUGGGGAAGCCAGAGACGAUGGAGCCAGUAACAGAAACAGUCAAAAAACCAACUCAAAAACUGGAGGAUAAUGAGGAGUACAUGGAAUUGAAUAAGAAUGCUGAGAAGUUAGAAGAGGAGUUACAGGCAGAGUUGAUUAGGGAGGAAAAUGACUAUUUGGCCUAUGAACAUAAACUUGGUGAAGGAGUUGACGAGGAAAAGGUGAUGGCAGAAUGGAAAGAAAAAGAUAAGAGGAACCAGGAAGAGAGAGUUAGGAGGCAAAAGGAGCUGGAAGAACAUCAGAUAAAGUUGAGGAAAAUGAGGGAAAAGGCUGAAGUAGAUUUCAAGGUGGUGGUGAAGGAAAGAAAAGUUGAUUUGGGGGAGUUUAAGAAGCCAAUAGAUGCAAAGCAGACUUAUGCAACAAAGAAUAACCGACAACAGUAUGGGCUGAAGAAGGCGAAUGAGAUUGACAGGUUAGAAACAGUUGAGGAUUAUUUGAAGACGAGGUCAAAGGACGAUUUCAUUAAAAACAACAUGAAUAAAAUACGAGUUGAUGCGGUAGAGAUGAACAAAACCAUAGGGAACUAUGAUUUAACACUCCAUACUCUGCUGAUUAUGGAGUACAAUGUGGAUUUGUACAACUUCUGGUUUCAAAAGGGAUUCAUGACUGAACACGAUUUAACAUCAGAUCAAUUUUUGAAAUAUGAUCCAGCAAACUACGACUUCUUCAUGAAUGAUCUCUACUACAUGCACUACUUGUUUCCAUUGCCAUUACACAAUGACAAUUCACUGAAUAAAGAGAAGCCAACUCUUAAGAUAAUACGUGAUCAGUUCAUGGGAAUGAAAUACAGAACAUUUGUUACGGGAAAACUCAAGCAAUUCCUAAAUACAUUUAUUGAAUUUAUGAAGGAUGCACAAUCAAAGAAGAACGAGGAUUUCAAAUCAGGAAGAAUGGAGAAACUUUUGGAACACAUCACGAUAAGCUGCCUGUUUCUGAAUGAUGAUUUUGAUUACGAUCUAUACGGGAAUUUUUUGGGUCAAUCUAAGGAUGCAUUGGGAAUCACCAGCGAAGAAAAACCACUGGGCCAUUCAAGAAAGAAGGUACACGGCUAUUUGGACAAUAACAAGAAGUUACAGAAGUAUUACGGCGUAAAAUGA